AUGAUUACUCUGACGGAGCACGAUUACCAUGCCCUCGGCAUCGACACGACGGCUGUCCCUGGCACCGAGCACCUUGUCGACUUAGAUGGAACGAUGCACACCAAGCAUGACAAGAAGACCAAAGACAUCGUCCUCUUGCCAACGCCGUCUGCCGAUCCAGAAGAUCCCUUGAACUGGUCUCCUCGCCGAAAGGCACUUCACAUGGUUGGCUUGGCAACUUACUGCCUCUUCAUCGGAACUGCCUUUGCGGCCAUCAAUUCUGUGCUCCCUCAGCUUCUCGAGUCCACCGACCUGACGCUCAACGAGCUGAAUAAUGGCACGGGGUACCUGUUCCUCUGCUUCGGCUGGGGCUGCAUUUUCUGGCAGCCAAUGGCCUUACAAUUUGGCAAAAGACCCAUUUAUCUACUCUCUCUCUUGGGCUCAUGUGCCGUCCAAUUCUGGGCCCCAUACGCCACAACGAGUGGCCAGUGGAUUGCAAAGAACUGUAUUCAGGGCUUUUUCGGUGCCCCGUUCGAGUCACUGUGCGAGAUCUCAAUCACGGACAUAUUUUUUGCCCAUGAACGUGGCCGAUAUCUUGGCAUGUACGUCCUGUUUGCCAAUAGCUCUGCCUCCAUUGCUCCUAUCCUGGCUGGCUUCAUUGCGGACGGCAUGGGGUGGAAAUGGGUCCUCUGGUGGCCGGCGAUAAGCCUCGCAUUCGGCGCCGUUGUAGUCUUCCUUAUUUUGGAAGAGACCAACUACGACCGUAAGCAAGCACCGACCAGCGAGCCGCACACCCAAAUUCAGAUUCAUUCCACACAGAAGUCCGUUGACGUGGCUGGUGACAACGCCGAAAAGAGCGCCGGAGCCACAACCACCUUUGAACCGGAAGUUGAACCUGCUUUGGUUGUCGAGUACAACAAGAAGCCUUACUGGAAGCGACUCUCGUUACUCGACAAAUCACGCCCUAACAAGCUGUGGGUAAUGUGUAUACGACCUUUCCAGCUUUUAUCUCUCCCAAUCAUAGUCUACUGCGGCUUCGCCAACGGUAUUGCGGUGGUCUGGUCAACAGUAGCCCUUGGUGUCUCGUCCGUUAUCUUGUCUUCGCCGCCCUACAAUUUCUCGGCGACGAAUAAUGGUCUCCUCAACAUAGCAUCUCUUCUGGGGAUCAUCGUGGCCAUGGCCCGCAAGAGGAACGGUAUCGCCCAAGCCGAGUUCCGCCUGUGGCUCUGCAUCUUCCCGGCUAUCGGUGUCCCUUUUGCCUUGAUCCUCUUUGGGGUAGGAGCUACUCAUCACGUGCACUGCUUGGCCUUUGCUUGCGGUCUACUCUUCAUCAUCAUGAUGGUCUGGGGCAAGGAUUUUCGACAACAGAGCCGUGUGCGCUACUGGCGGUAUGCGGCGCAAAGAAAAAUAGAGAAGUAA